GAAGCGUAUGCAGAUGAGGCUGUGAAAGAAGGAAAAUAACAAUGCACUUUUUCCCUUUGUAUUCAAAGUAGAAAUCUGAAGUGAUGAUGUGCAGAACUUUGUAAAAACCUUAAUGUUUUGACGUUCAAGAAAGAUGCACCUCAAACCCAGAAACCUGACAUGUAUACUAAAGCUGCUGUUUUUGACUGGUGUUCUUUGCAAUACAUGGAAAGUGGAAUAUCAACAGCAGCAUAUCUGUGCGAUUAAAGGCUCUUCUGUGGUUUUUCUUUGUUCAUUUUUCUCUCCGGGCAUGAAGACAGUGAGGACCGUCAAGUGGGGUCAUGCAACAUCUCAGCGUUUAGUUUCUGACAGUAAUUCGGUACAAGUCAGCUCAAGGUUUCAGUAUAUUGGUGACAGACGGCACAACUGUUCUUUGAAAAUACACCAAGUGGAGAAAAGGGAUGCUGGAAAAUACAAUGUCAGACUUCUUAUGGCCAAAGGCAAAGGUUUCUUGACACGAAACAAAAGCCUGUCAUUAAGGGUUGUGGCUUUGAGUGUUUUUGGGACAAAACUCAACACGAGCAGAUCAACAAAGGAGGGCGACCCUUUGAAUCUGACCUGUGUCAACAGCUGUGAUGGCGCCAACUCUUCCUCUGCUUUCACCUGGUUUAAAAACGGUGAAGUCCUACAUGAAGGACCUGUGCUUUAUUUAAGCCACACAUCCAUCUCUGACUCUGGAAACUACUCUUGUUCUCUGAAGACACAACCAGCAGCAACCUCAGCAGCCGUGCAUGUUGAUGUUGAGUAUGGCCCUAAGAACACAUUAGUGUCUGUCACACCAUCCGUGGAGGUUUACACUGGCAGCAACUUCACCCUGAUCUGCAGCAGCAAUGCAAACCCCCCAGUGGAGAAUUACACCUGGUUCAAAAAAGAUAAUGAUGAUGAAGUCGUGGGCCACCAGUCUUUGCUGUUCUCUAGUCAAACCGGCCGGUAUUUCUGCAGUGCCGCCAACAAACAUGGACGCCAGAACUCCUCUGAUGUGACUAUAAAGACUAAAUCAACCUGGAUGACUUUUACCAGAGAUGUGCUCUGUGGUGCUACAGCUGUUGUGCUUCAGAUUACAAUCACUCUCUGCGUCAUCACAAGAUGUCAUAAAAGAAGGACAUGGAUGCCAACAGUGGACUGUGAGGAAGAUGUACAGGAUACGGACUAUGUCAACUGGCUUACCUGUGACAUUAACCAAUCACAAGAAGACCAUCAGCGGGAAGAAGGUCCAGAACUCAUCUAUGCAACUAUUGACUUCAGCAGCACAUAAUCAAACAUGUAACAUGCUUUCACAAUAUUUAUUUAUUCCAUGUGUUAGAAGUAUGGUAACUAAUGGACUGUAGCACCUGCAGCCAGAAGGAGAUGGACUCCCUUAAUGGUGACAAAAGACAGGUGAGAUGUGAAGAAUGUGUCUUUUUGUUUCUUAUGCACCAACAGUAGAACCUCUUAUAUAUUGGGCCUUCUUGAUUUGUCAUCAAAUGCAUACCGAGAACAAGGAAACGGGUGUUAGUGACAAUAUGAGACUUUACCGCCGUGUAAUAGAAGUUACAAAGUUGAUCUAAAGGCACCAUUGAUUUCAUCACGUACAAUGAUGCUGCAGUCAGUUAUUUAAGCACUGUAUAAAUUUGGCAAAUAUGCAUGAUAAGGAGCAUGACUGACAGGUGGUGAUCAUAUCAGUCCUAUCAGACAGCCUAUAGCUGCUUGAAGGCCUAAGAUACACUUGCUAUUUAACCUUUUUUAUCAGAUGCAUCUGGCUGUGUCAUGACCAUUCUUGUAAAUAUACAGGUGCAUCUACAGAAAUAGAAAAUCCUGUAAAAGUAUUUUUCUCCCACAUAUUCUAGAUACAAAGAGGAAUAUUUCAAGACUUUAUUUUGUUUUAAUGUUGAUGGAUGUGGCUUACAGUUCACAAAAAUUAAAAACCCACUAUCUCAAAAUGUAAGAAUGUCACAAAACACCAAUCAAAAAAAGGAUUUAAAAUACAAAAAUGUUGACAUUCUGUAAAAUCAUGCUCAUGUUCUCUCAGUACGGCUCAAGCUUAGAGAUAGAUGCUGCUUCUUUAAAUCAAAAGGAGCAAGUUGAGAUGGUUCAGGCAUCUGAAUAGGAUGCGUCCUGGGUGCCUCCCUUUGGAGGUCCGGCUGGGAGGAGACCUCAGGGGAGACCUAAUUUAGAAUGUGCUGAGGGAUUGUGUAUCCUGUCUGGUCUGGGAACAUCUCAGUAUUCUCCCUAAAGGGAUGUCACUGGAGAGGGAGAUGUCUGGGUUUACUUGCUCAGCCCACUACCAUGGAUGGAUUGAUGGAUGGACAGUUAUUGACUUAUCUUAAAUUAGAGUACAAAUCAACAAACAUUUAGAAGAAAUUAAGUAAGAAAUGAUGGUGAAAUAAAUGUUUGAAGCAUGUG